GUUAUCCGCACGGGGGAGGAUUAUAUCAACAGCCUGAGGGGCAGAAAACUCAAGGUGUACCUAUUUGGAGACCUUGUAGAGGAUCCCGUCGAGCACCCAAUGAUCAAGCCAUCCAUCAAUGCGGUGGCAGAGACGUUUGAUCUUGCCGUAAGGGAGGAGGGGCUGGCCUCGGCCGAGUCCUCGAUCAGCGGGGCAAGGGUAAACAGGUUUCUGCAUAUUGCCGAGAGCGCCAACGAUCUGGUCAUGCAGAACAAGAUGCAGCGGAAGCUGGGACAGAACACCGGAACGUGCUUUCAGCGAUGUGUGGGAAUGGACGCGCUGAACUCGUUACACUCGACCACAUUUGAGAUCGAUGAAAAGCACAGAACAGACUACCAUUCGAGGCUGCUGGAGUUUAUCAAAAUGGUUCAGAGGGAGAACCUGGUCAUCGGCGGCGCGAUGACCGAUCCAAAGGGGGAUCGUAGCAGGGGUCCUUCGGAACAGGUGGAUCCCGACCUGUACACACGCGUGGUGGACAAGGAUGAGCGAGGCGUCUACGUCUCGGGCGCCAAGGCGCACCAGACAGGAUGCGUUAACUCUCACUGGAUUAUCAUAAUGCCAACAGUCCGCCUUACCGCUAACGACCGGGAUUACGCCAUAGUGGGAGCGUUUCCGGUGGAUGCACCGGGAAUUACCUAUGUCUACGGCAGGCAGUCCUGCGAUACUAGGAGCAUGGAGAACGGGGACAUUGACGCGGGAAAUGCACAGUACAGUGGCCAGGAGGCCUUGGUCAUACUAGAUAGGGUCUUUAUUCCAUGGGAGUAUGUCUUUAUGUUCGGCGAGUGGGAAUUUGCCUCGAUGCUGAUUGAGCGGUUUACCUGCUAUCACCGGCGCAGCUAUGUCUGCAAGACCGGACUCGGCGAUGUCCUCAUCGGCGCGGCAGGAACCAUUGCAGACUAUAACGGCGUGCCUAGGGUCUCGCACAUCAAGGACAAGCUCAUAGAGAUGACGCACCUCAACGAAUCCAUCUUUGCUGCGGGAAUCGCAUCGUCGUAUCAGGCCCAGAAGAUGAAAUCUGGCGUCUAUAUGAACGACGAUAUGCUGGCACAGGUAUGCAAGCACAACGUGACAAGAUUCCCGUACGAGAUCGGGCGGCUGGCUCAGGAUAUUGCCGGAGGGCUCAUGGUGACACUGCCGUCGGAUGACGACUUUAAACAUCCGGAGAUAGGGCCACUCCUUGAAAAAUACCUUGCCGGCCGAAAAGGCGUGGAUGUAGAGAACCGGCGGAGGAUACUGAGACUGAUUGAGAAUAUGACGAUGGGACGAAACGCCGUCGGAUACCUUACCGAGUCCAUGCACGGCGCCGGCUCCCCGCAGGCGCAGAGAGUUCAGAUUCAGAGGCAGAUGCAGAUGCUGUACAAAAAGAACCUGGCAAAGCACCUGGCGGGAAUAAAGAACGAUUUUGAGGAUACCGCCGAGCCUUCGGAUUAUUUCAAGCGCGUCUUCAAGAUUACAGGCGUUUAG